AUGCGCAUCGUGCACACCCCCAGGAACGGGUGGCGCGAGUGGUUGCUGGGGAAAGCACUGCCGCGUGGCAAGCUGGGAGAGGCUCCGGGAGCUGAAAAAUCAGGAUGUUGCUCCACUACCCCCGUUUCUGAGGGGCGAACAGCAACUCUACCACACGAACCAGCAGAUCUCCCCUAUGGAAAAAACGGCACAGAACACCCUCCGACAACCACGAGGCAAUCCCUCUGCCCCCCAUUCCACCGCACCCCACCCAUUGCAGCCACCACAGGGUCCAAUCUGGGAAGCAGGCACGGCUGCUGCACAGCAAAUCACGCGCCCAUGUGCCAGUCAAACACUGACACGUGGCGCACAUGCUGCCGCCGGCCGGACUGGCAAGGCACGGCAUCACCCACGAUGACAAAACCCGACUUCGGGAAUUACCACAGCAACAGCGCCGCAGCAGGCUUCACAGAGGCAGCAGGCUUCACAGAGGCAGCAGGCUUCACAGAGGCAGCAGGCUUCACAGAGGCAGCAGGCUUCACAGAGGCAGCAGGCUUCACAGAGGCAGCAGGCUUCACAGAGGCAGCAGGCUUCACAGGGGCAGCAGGCUUCACAGAGGCAGCAGGCUUCACAGAGGCAGCAGGCUUCACAGGGGCAGCAGGCUUCACAGGGGCAGCAGGCUUCACAGGGGCAGCAGGCUUCACAGAGGCAGCAGGCUUCACAGGGGCAGCAGGCUUCACAGAGGCAGCAGGCUUCACAGAGGCAGCAGGCUUCACAGAGGCAGCAGGCUUCACAGAGGCAGCAGGCUUCACAGAGGCAGCAGGCUUCACAGAGGCAGCAGGCUUCACAGAGGCAGCAGGCUUCACAGGGGCAGCAGGCUUCACAGAGGCAGCAGGCUUCACAGGGGCAGCAGGCUUCACAGGGGCAGCAGGCUUCACAGGGGCAGCAGGCUUCACAGAGGCAGCAGGCUUCACAGAGGCAGCAGGCUUCACAGAGGCAGCAGGCUUCACAGAGGCAGCAGGCUUCACAGAGGCAGCAGGCUUCACAGAGGCAGCAGGCUUCACAGAGGCAGCAGGCUUCACAGAGGCAGCAGGCUUCACAGAGGCAGCAGGCUUCACAGAGGCAGCAGGCUUCACAGAGGCAGCAGGCUUCACAGGGGCAGCAGGCUUCACAGGGGCAGCAGGCUUCACAGGGGCAGCAGGCUUCACAGGGGCAGCAGGCUUCACAGGGGCAGCAGGCUUCACAGGGGCAGCAGGCUUCACAGGGGCAGCAGGCUUCACAGGGGCAGCAGGCUUCACAAAGGGACCCAAUUUUCGAAGGGAUGACAAGUUUUGCAAGCUUCACAUAUGCAGCACGCGAACCACUGCAGCCGCUGGUUGCCUGCUGCCAUCGCUGCUGCUACCGUCGCUACCACCCACGUACACCACCAGCAGUGCACCCGGGCUAUCGCAGUGGCCCUCGUGCACACACGCCUUUGAAGCCACUGGGGCUGGAAAGUGA